UGACAAUUGAGGUUUUCAGAUCCUAUAAAAGCAAGUGGCAGCCUUACCAUAUUUGCGGGUUCUUAUAACCCGCCACUUCUGCGUUUAUAUCAUCAUAACGUCAUAUCAACGAAAAUGAGCACCGCCGGUCAAGUGACAAAGUUAUACCAUACAGUGGUAGAGGAUGUCAUCAAUAAUGUCAAGGAAGCUUUUCUUGAUGAAAGUGUUGAUGAACAAGUUUUACAGGAGCUUAAACAGCUUUGGGAGAGCAAACUUGCAGCAUCAAAGGCUUUAGAGCCCCCAGAACAAGAUCUGACCAUAAAACAACACGUUUCUACAAUAUUGCCUAUGCAGGCUCAAGCCCAAAAUGAACAAGUUUUAGCACAGCCAAAUCAGAUUCAGACUGCACAGUAUCAAAUAUCAACACCCUCAGGUGCAAUGUCCCUUCCUGCAGGUUUGUUUCAACAACAGGUUGCAGCUCUCAGACCCGGUCCAGGUGGUCAGUUUCAUAAUGUCACAGUUCGUCAGACAGGCACUGGUCAGUACAUCAUUCAACAACCCCAGCAGCUGGCACAGUUCCAGCAACAGGGACAGCAGUUGGCCCAGGUGAUCCAGCAAUCUCCCCAAAAUAUCAGGCUGCCUGGCCAGCAACAGAUUAUAGUCACACAACAACAACACCUCCAGCUACAGCAGCAACACUUACAGCACCAGCACUUACAGCAGCAGCAGAAGCUCUUGCAACAAAAUCAAAUGCUCCAGCAAAACCAGACAACAUUACCUUCAAACGUCAACAAAUCUCAGGGGGGUAUUCACCAAACUUUAAUACAAUUAGAUGGUAACUGUGACACUAGCUCUUCAGAUGAUGAUGAUUUUGAUGAUGAUGACAAAGAUGAAGAUGAUGAGAAAGAAGAAGAAAAUGAAGAAGAGGAACCAGGUGAAAAGGAGGAUUCCCUAAACUCUGGAGAUGAUGUUAGUGAAGAUGACCCCACAGAGUUAUUUGAUACAGAAAAUGUUGUUGUUUGUCAGUAUGAUAAGAUCAACAGGAAUAAAAACAAGUGGAAAUUUCACUUAAAAGACGGAAUCAUGAAUCUGAAUGGUAGAGACUUUGUAUUCCAGAAAGCCACAGGUGAUGCGGAGUGGUAGCAUCUGUGGUGUGUGUGCUGUCUGGCUGGUCAUGUAUUUAACUUGAUUGUGGGGGCAUGCCUGGAUGUGUGACUGUGUGGCCCUAUCAGAAAGGGCCUGGUGAGAAUGUGGGUGAAAUUGUGAGGACUCACACAAUCAAUUUGUGAUACUUGCUGAUUAAGAGGCUUUUGUUUUCCUGUUUGUUUUUUUUUUAUUUAAAAAAUAUUGCCAUGUUAACGCUCUAGCAACAUUUGUUCCAGACAUUUUGGUUUGAUACACUUGUUCAGGGUUAAGUAUAGGUUCUGUUUUUCAUGCUUUUUACUAAUAUGUAAGUGAAGUAUAUUUUGCAUAUUGUCAGAAUUUCAAACAAAUUUCUUUGCUUUAAUUUUCUUGUUGUUGCUUUAUUUUUUUUCAUCUUAGCAAAUGUUUAAAAUGAGAACACAUCAUUCCAUGUUACUAUUUCCAUGGAUAUGGAUCACAGUUAUAAAUAUAACUUGGUACUCAUCUUUGCCACUAUUCUGUUGUCAGUUCAUAUUUCUUUGUUGAAAAAGAGUUUUGUACACUUAUAAUAACAAUGUAAUAGUUGUUAUAUUGAUAGUUAGUGUUAAUUUUUAAAAUAAUAUGGCCAGUAUAAGCUGCAGUAAGCUUAUUUCUUGGUGAAGGGGUUUCUUUGUGACCUGUUUUAAAUCUUGGUUUUCUUGAAUGUUUUACUGGUGGCUUCUUUGAUUAAUGUAAUAGCUGAUUGUGAUAUUGAUUCAAUCAGGUGCUAAGUGGAGUGUUUUGUGUAAGCCAGUUGUAAGUGGAGGCUGGUAGUCUUUAUGUUAGGAUGUACACUUUGGAUGGAGACUGAUGUUUGUGUAAGAAAACCUGAGUUGGUUAUAUUGUUGCUGUAGUAAAAUACUGUUAGGCUAUAGCCUUUUGUUUAAUGUUCAAUAUUGGCUGGUGAAAGAUGUUAAAUCACCAUAGUUAAGACUUGAGAAGGUUAUGAGGUGGUAAUGUUAGGAUGUUUUAGUGUUGACUGGUGUUAGAUUGUGAUGGUAGGUGUUGUUUGUAUCUCCAUGAUGAUAUAUGAAAUAUAUUACAUUUACAUGAGUCCAUUAAUAAAUUAUUGCAUUUA